AUGUUGUCAGAUUCGGACAACGAAGAUAUACACCAGCUUACCAUCAACGAGCACUAUGCAAAAGCAUUUGAGUACCGUAAGGAGCGGGAAGAGCUGCAGAAACUGAAAGACAAAUAUGGCUCCGACUACGAGGAAGGAGACGAGGAAGAAGAGGACUCUGAAGAGCUAGAGUCUGAGGACGAGGAUGGCGAGGAGCUCACACCCGCGGUGGACGCCGCCAUACUGAAGACACUUGCAAGGAUCAAGAAUAAGGAUCCAAGCAUAUACGACCCCAGCAAACCUGUAUUCGAUGAGGAGCGACAAAAGACGCAAGACAAAAGUCUUUCCUCCCGCUCUAAGAAAUCGAAGGACAAGUCCAAACCCUUGACCAUCCGCCAGCAAGCCCUCGACGCCGUGCUGAACCCCUCCCGCUCUCCCUCACGCUCCCCUUCGCCCGAGGUAACGCACGUCGAAGAGCAAAAAGCCCUGCGCGACGAGACGGUCUCCGCGUUCCACCACGCCAUCAAAGACGACGACGAUUCCGACAUCCUUGUCCCGCGCGAGAAGACGCAGGACGAGCUGGAGCGGGAGGAGGAGGAGUAUCGGGAGUUUCUGCAGAGAGAGGUGGGGGAUAUCCGGGAGCUGGUAAUGAUUGAGCCCGCGGAGGAGGAGGUGAGGAACGAGAAAGAGCAAGAGAAGAAGAUGAGUAAGAAGGGGAAGAAGAGUAAGGAGAACGAAGACCAGGAGUUUCUCAUGAACUACAUCCUGAACCGCGGGUGGAUCGACCGCACCGCGAAGCGGCUGCCCACGUACAAGGAGGUCACGGACAAAGGGAAAGGGAAAGCGAAGGUGAAAAAAGAAGAGAGCUCGAGCGAAACCGAAGCCGAAGUCGACGAUACCGAGGACGCAGAGUUCGAAGAGGUCGCCGAGCAAUUCGAGUCCUCCUACAACUUCCGCUUCGAAGAGCCUGACGCAGCGACGAUCAAGUCCUACCCGCGCCAGCUACCUGGCCUCGUCCGGCGCGAAGACAGCACGCGCAAGUCCGCGCGGGAGCGCAAGAAGGAGCGGAAAGAGCAAGAGCUGCUGCAGAAGAAGGAGGAGGUAAAGCGGCUCAAGGCUCUGAAGAUGAAGGAGCUGCGCGCGAAGCUCGAGCGGAUCGGGCGGGAGGGCGGGAAGAGCGUGGACGAGACCAAGGCCUUGCAGCAGCUGGAUCUAGAUGGGGAGUGGGAUCCGGAGGCGCACGAGCGGCAGAUGGCGCAGAUAUACGGCGACGACGCGCCUGACGGGGACGUCGACGCGGAGAAGCCAACGUGGGACGACGACAUCGACGUUCGGGACAUCGCCCCCGAUUUAUCAGAUGAAGACGAACAAGAACAUGAAGCCGAGUCGUCGAAGAAGAGCAAAAAGAAGAAGAAGAAGAAGAAGGAUAAGGAGCGGGAGGGAGAGGUGGUGGACGGGGUGGAUGUCGACGCUAUGGACGCCGAGCGGGCGGAGUACGCAGACGGAGACGGUGAAGAGUGGGACGGGACGGAGGAGAUGCGCAAGAAGAAGCUGGAGGAGUACAUGGAUUCUUUAUACGAGAUGGACUUCAACGACAUGGUGGGCGGCAUGCCCACGCGGUUCAAAUACACCAAAGUCGCGCCCCAGAACUUCGGCCUGAGCCCCGUCGAGAUCCUCACCGCGACGGACGCGGAGCUGAACCAGUUCAUGGGUAUCAAAAAGCUCGCGCCGUACCGCAAGGGCGUGCGGUGGGAUAACCAGCGGAACGAAAAGCUGCGGGAGCUGAAGACCGCCGUGGCGGAGCGCCAGCAGGCGAGUGGGUUUGGGUUUGCAAGUAAUCCGGGUGCGGAGGGCGAGCAGCGGAAGAAGAAGAGGAAGGGGAAGAAGGAGCGGAUGAAGUUGAAAGCUGCCUCUGGCGAUGUGGGCGAGGAUGGGGAGGAAGGAGGUGAGGAUGGGGAGACACCUGUACCUGAGCAGGCCGAGGUGCGGAAACGCAAGGAACCGGAUGAAAGUGGGGAUGGGGAGGGUGACGGUGUUCAGGAGGGCGCGUCUGCGAAGAAGAAGCGAAGACGUCAUCGGAAAGCUGGGCAUGGCGAGAGCUGAUUGUAUCGUACAGGUUCAUCCUACUCUAUUCAUGCUGGGUUCCUCUGCUGAUAGCUGCAGUAUCUGACCCCAUGAGCC